AUGUUAGCGGCAGAACAAGAAAACGCUCAGCUCAGAGAGGAACUGGUUAACCUCAAGGGAGAGAUGGAAAGAAUGGCACUUAUGAUGGAAACUAUGAUGGCUGAGAGAGAGCAAGCAGCAAUCUCCAAUUCAACUCCUGUUGUGGUCGUCACAGCUGCACCUGAGGGUCCCCCGCAACCAUCUCCGACUAUUACUACAACUAUCGGCCUCACUCAGCCUCUGAUGACUGAUUUUUCUUCUGGUAAUUUGGCAACUAUGGGUAACUCAGGCUUCCGUCCUCUUGGCCCCCAGGGUCCCUUUGCUACUCCUCAGUAUUCCAUGCCUUCAGGCUACCCUUGGGGCAUGCCGAUUGCAACUAACGGGGGUUUUGGUCCAGGUGCUACUGAAAUGCCAUUCACACAGGGUCAACAGACUUCGACACAUUUCCAGAUGAGUCAACCGAUUCCGCAAGCUACCAUGACUCAAGCAGGUCCUACUGUGCAUGUUGGGCCACAACAUGAAGAGCAGAUUUAUCACUCCGACAGUAUAAUGGGGGAUGAUAAAGCAAUCGAUUGGGAAGAAAGGUUCGGUGCUCUAGAGAAGAAGAUGAGUAAUAUGCGGGGGAAGGAAACAGUCGUCCAAAGCAUAUAUGACCUUUGCUUAGUACCAGAUGUAAACAUACCUCCAAAGUUCAAGAUGCCUGUAUUUGAGAAGUAUCAAGGGGACACGUGUCCACAAAAUCAUCUAACUAUGUAUAUUAGGAAGAUGAUAGCUUACAAGAAUAAUGUUCCCUUACUCAUUCACUGCUUCCAGGAUAGUUUGACUGGUCCGGCACAUACCUGGUUCAUGGGGUUGAAAGGAGUCACUACUUUUGAACAGUUGGCUGAGGCCUUCAUGCAGUCCUUAACCCAGAAAGAUAAAGAAUCGUUCAAAGAAUACGCACAACGCUUCAUUCAAAAAGCUGCUCAGAUUCGUCCUCCCUUAGAUGAGAGGGAACUUUCAGAAUUGUUCUAUGAAACCCUGAGCCCUUGUUAUUCAGAAAAGAUGAUUGUCUGUGCAUCACAGAAGUUCACUGACUUGGUGGAAACAGGAAUGCGUAUUGAGGAGUGGGCUCGUAAGGGAGCAGCUGUUUCGGGAAGUUCUUCAGGUGGUUCUUUAGGGGUUCCGUCCAAUGGUAAUAAGAAAUUUGGGAAUGGUUACCCAAAGAGGAAUGCUCAAGAGGUUGGCAUGGUGGCUCAUGGAGGACCUCAGCCCGUGUACCCAAAUCACCCCUUUGUUGCCAACAUCACCCCACAAAUGACCGCACCCCAGAACCCAAACUAUCAAUCACCCAGACCUCAAGGACCUGCACCAUACUACCCCCCAUUAUACCAACCACUAUACAACCUACAACAAUUCCCUCAACAACCAUAUUACCCCCAACAACCAUACCAACAAAGACCACAGCAACAACCCCGUCCUCAGGCUCCUCACAAUCAGCAGAAUCAAAGGCAACAAUUUGACCCCUUGCCAAUGACCUAUGGAGCAUUGCUCCCUUCUUUACUUGCACAGAAUCUGGUCCAAACAAUACCACCUCCUCGCAUUCCAGACCCUCUCCCACGUUGGUACCGUCCGGACCUUCAUUGUAUUUACCAUCAAGGGGCACCAGGCCACGAUGUGGAGCGUUGUUUUGCUCUUAAGAAAGAGGUUCAGAAACUGAUAAGUAGCAAAGAGUUAACCUUCACCGACCCUGAUGCUGUAGCUCAGAACAAUCCUCUGCCUACUCAUGGGCCUGCUGUUAAUAUGAUUCAAGACGAUCAGGAAGAGGCUUGCAUUCUCUCUGUAGGUGAUAUCAAGACUCCUCUGGUACCGAUACAUGUGAAAAUGUGUAAAGCAACUCUCUUCAACCACAAUCAUGAAGCUUGUGACAUAUGUUUGAUGGAUCCUCGUGGAUGUAUACAAGUCCAGAAUGAUGUGCAGGGUCUCCUAAUUAGAAGGGAACUUGUGGUUACAAGGGAACCCGAGAGCAAGGACGUCUGUGUUGUCACUCCGGUAUUCAGAGCCAGGAGGCCGCUGGUGAUAAACCCCAACAGUACAAAGCCCGUUGGUACUCCCUUGGUAAUCUGUGUGCCUAGGCCCACGCCUACUACUGCUCAGAAAGCUGUACCCUACAAGUAUGAAGGCACGAUUCUAGAGCCCGGAAGUGAGACAACUUCACCUGUUGCUGUGGAUAAUAUCGCAGAGAAUAGCCGGAUUUUGAGGAGUGGCCGCAUCCUUCCUACGGUGGGUCCGAAGAGUGUUAGUGUUCCGGUCGAUGAGCCAGUAAAAGAGCGAAACGCCGGUAAAGGGAACGGACUGUCGUCAACGACUUUCUGUCCCGCUAAGGCUGCUGCAAAUGUCAUAGUUGGUAAAGAAUUCUGCUGCACAUUUGCUGAAGAAUAUGGUUGUUGCAUAAUUGUAGUGACUGUAGGUACAAUUACGGUGUCGGACACACACAGCCAGGAGCACGUGUAUGCCAUCAAUGGCCAAGCUGCAAUGCACCAAACCAAUUCUAAUUAUGGGACACGCGUGGGUCAGCCUUUGUAUUGCAACAGAGCAUUAGCGUGGUUGCGCGAUCUCAAAUUGAAGAAUCACUCAGUGAAUUACGAGGAACAAGUAGCGGUAUGGCGAUAG